AUGGCUGCUUCAAUUGGAUAUAUUUUAGAGACAUCCUGGCAAGAAGUUGUAUUAGGGAGAUCUACAGCAAAUGAAGCUAAUACCCCUUCAGAACAAUUGCUACCAGUAAAAGAGGCCACUUUGCUAGAGUUUGGCUGGAAAAGUGCUUUUAAGGACAUAUCACUGCCCAUGGCACAUUGCAUAAUAACAGCAAUUGAAGAGUUUUCCACAAAAGUUCUCCAGCAGGAACAGAAUGAAAGGUCUUCAGCUAUAAGCUAUACCAUAAGCCUUGCAGACGUCCAGCAAGUUUGGCACGGCAGCCACCUGAUUCCUGAAGAGGACCAACCGAAGAAAAUUGCAAAGUUUUGUUCUGACAUCAUGGAAAAACUUGACACAAUGCUUCCACUGGCUCUGGCAUGCAGAGAUGAUUCUUUUCAGGAAAUUAGAGCAAACUUUGUGGAGGCCUGUUGUAAAGUGGCAACAGCUGUCCUGGAAAGACUGCAAGAGAGAGGCACGGAGGUUCCUUCCAAAGCACCCUUGAGAAACUUGCACACGCUGCUCUCCACAGCUGUGUAUGUCUUCCUGCACUUGACACAAUAUGAUAAUCUGAUGAAAGAAACAACUAAGAAACCCAUAUUCCUGGUGCCUGUCCAACGAUAUCAGGAAUUCAUCAACACUCUACAGUUUCAAGUUACGGACUACUGCGUCAGAGUUUGUGCUACAAGCAUUUUACAGGAUGCUGAGAGCCACCACUGGGAUGACUACAAAGCUUUUUAUGAGGGGGAAAGAUGCUCCUUCUCACUCCAGAUGUGGCAUUAUUUCUGCUGGUCUCUUCAUCACGAUCUCUGGACCAUUCUGCCUCCUAAAUUAGCCCAGGAGAUUCUUGCAGAAGUACUUGAGAAGUCUUUGGGUCUUCUGGCCUCCAGAUAUGCUCGGGCCCAUCCCACUUAUAAGAGAACUCCACAGAUAAGACUUGAUAUCACAACAAUUUUAAUAUGUACUGAGAACAUGUUAUGGUCAGUCUGUCCAUCUGUACAGAGUCUUUUGAACCCUCAUGAAUAUAGAGAUGACAAAAUUUUUAAAAUCCACGCCCAUUGUAACAAUCUGCUUACAACACUGGUUAUUUUGACUUCACCACUAAGAGAAUUGCAUGAGACAUUUCAGCACGGCCUAGAUAAUUCUUCUUCAGAUUCCCUAAAAUCGUUUUUAAAUCAACCAUUACAUUGGUUCUCUGGCAUAGCACAUUUCUACCCCUCUUUGCUCAGGAGUCCAUCGACCGCAAGACUGACAACCGAGGGUCAAUUGAAAUUGCUCUUAUCCCAGCCAUGUUGUAACUGGAACCUGCUUCUGGCAACCUUGCUCCAUCACGAUGGUCUCUUACUGAGAAUCUUGCUGAAGAACUCAAAUCAUACUUUUGAAGAACAAGUUUCUGACACACAUCAGAAUGUGAAUGAAGGAUCCAGCUUGCAAGAAUCCAUCUUUAAGGUGCUAUACCACUGUAAUUUAUCUCCACAAAUGUUUGGAAAUGUUCUUGUGAACUACUUGGAAGAAGAACAACUAUGGGACUUUCUAUAUAACAUUCCAGCUUUCAUGGCAAGAGAAAACUCUGGGACCAAUUCUUUAUGA